CCAUCUAUCAGAUAAAUUAUUAACCUUGAGAGCUUGGAGCUCAUUCAAGAUUUCUUCCCCACCUCUUUUCUUCUUUUAAAUGCCCAACAUAAUGAAAGUGAAACAGUAGUGGAGUCUCUCCAAGGAAGCAAACAGGAGAAGGUGCUGGAGGUCUCAGGCAGGUGGGGACAGGCCUUUAUUUCCCACUUCCAAACACCCUUUCCCAGAAAGUGAAGGAGUAUGGAAAGGAGCACCAUGCCCAGAGGGAGCCUCUCAGCCAGCGUGGGUGUGUGGGACGGAGCUCCAGGAAGCUGAGGUCAGAGAGAUCACCCAGACCUGUGCUGUGGACCUGUCCACCCACCAUCACAUCUCCCCAGGACUUCCUGCAGCACGGAGCUGGGUUUGGUUUCUGUGGAUCACUCCUGUCUUAUCCCAGAUCACUGUGAAGAGGACUGGUUCUGUCAGUACCAGGUGAUUACCAUCAGCCUGUUUGGAAAACCCCUUGUUGAAAACCAAGAUGAAUACAAAUACAGAGUUAGACUCAAGGAGCAUGGCCUCAGAACCAGGAUCUCCGACACAGAGUGCAGGGAAAAAAAAGAUGGAGGUUGUUUCUGAACUGAGCAGCCCAACCUUCCAUAGCAUGAACAGCAGGUUAUUUGAAAGAGGUAUUAAAACACUGUUAAGCAUCCGGAAAUCAGCACGAAGUCUGAGCAAAGAGAAAGGAAAAGAAGGUACUGGCACUUGGAAAAGAAAAGGAAUUUCUUUGCGAUUCCAUAAGAGCUAUGAGGAGAACAGAACCACAGAUUGUAAUGGUGUGGAGGAGACUGGUGAGAAGACAGAACAAGAGCCCAUUCAAGGAAAACCUCUUUCAGUAAUGGAAAUCAAUGAGCUUAUUCAGAAAAGGCAACUUCUGGAAGCAUUUGCAAGCAUCAGGUACUUGGAAGAUGAGACUAUGGCUGAAAGAGAUGCUGACAAAUACAAAGAUAACCCCCAGGAGUUUGAGCGGAAAUCCAAGGAUGUGGAUUUGCUCUAUAACUCCAUCACAAAUGCCAUCCAAUCCAUUGUGAUGGGAACACUGGAGCAUCCCACUGUAGAGGACACCAUGCUGACCUCCCUGGUGACUUUAAUUGCCUGGGAAGAAGCAGCUCAUCCUAACACAGGCAACCCUUCUGGUCCUGGGUCAGACUCGCUUGGCAAACCCAGAUACUGGAGGGAGUAUUGGAAGAAAUCUGUCAGGGAGAGUGCUAGAAAAAGGGUCCUGAGCAUACCUAUGGCAUCAAAGGAAGAAGAGAGUUCUUGGCUUGAUCUCCACUUAAGUUUCCUCCAGAAACACCUGACCAAAGACUUACUGAAAAUCAAGUUAUCAGUAAAAAAGUGCUACCCAGAGGAGUACCAGGUGUGUGACAUGUAUGUGAAAGCUUUUCAUGAGGCCAUCGCCUCCCACUUGCAACAUCUCUCCCAGAGAUCACUGGAAUUCCGUGAGCUCUACAUCUUGCUCAACUGGGUGGCCAACACCUACCACAGUGAACUCUUUCUGGGUCACCCUGAUCUCAAACCAGAAGUUAAGACAGAAAACCUGUCCCUGCUGUUAACACCAGGUGAUUGGGAUCAACUGAAGAAGAACUACAUCACUUCUGCAAAGGAGGAAAUCAAAAGCUAUUUUGGAAACAUCCUGAGACUGGAGGUCACAGGGAAGUGGGAGAAAGAAGUUGAUCCAGAAGAGAUGGAAAACCUCUACCACUCCUCCCUCUCCUUUGAUAUUCAAACGAUCAUUGGAGAGUACAUGCAGAUAUCUGGAAAAAUCAGCAGAAGCCUGGAAAGAAAAAUGCUUGAGCUGUGCCUGGCAGAGCUGCAUGAAUUCAUACCAAGGUUUGGGGAGAAGUUCAUGACCACUGCCCAGGACAGCCCCAUCUUUGUGCCCUGUUUUGUUGCCUACAUCAACAGCUUCCACGACUUGAUGUCAAGGUUAGAAACAGUGUUUAAAGUCAACACUGAGGAACUGUGGAAGAUUUUGGCAGAUCUGACGAGAAAAUUCAAGAAUAUUUUUUUUAAUAAGUUAAAAGCAAAAGCACAGCCACUCCUAAAGAAAAUCCUGACCAAGGACUGGAUUUUGGCAAAGGAAAAGCCGGACUCGCUGGCAUUGGCAGUCUCAUGUUUCUCUGAGCACCUGCAGCACAUGAAGGAGCCCAUGGGUCAGGAGCUACUACAGGAUGUUCAUAAGUAUGUGGUGAGAGAAUACAUCAAGCAGGUUAUCAAACACAGACAGAAAAUGAACAGGGGGAUGCGGCAGAAAGUGAGUGAAAAGAUGAACCAGGAAGCCAGAAUCCUUAAUGAUAGGCUCAUGGAUCAGGGCUCUGACUCUGAGUGGCUCCUUCCUGCCAUACACCACAUUGCCAGAAUUAUAGGGGAGAAGAAAAAAGAUAAGAUCAAGGACUACAUCCAGGAGCUGUGCCAGGAUUAUCCAGAUAUCAGGAAGGGGCACAUCCUGGCCAUCCUUGAGCUCCGGGGGCUGGGGCGCACCAGGAGAGCAGCGAUUUGUCGGCAGGGCUAUCACAGGCUGGAGAGCCCUGACAGGGAGGAGGGCAGCACACUCUUUGCUGAAAUUGAUGACCCCGUGAACAUCAGCUGCUUCUAAACCAGAAUCAGUGGUCAGCAUCCUCCCUCCUCCCAUGCUGCCUCUACAGCAUGACCCAAUGUCUGCUACCCCACCUCAUUCCUCUGCAAACACAACUUAUUCACUGCCAUGAGAAAAGGAGAAGUCUUCCAAACUUGUACUCCAAGUUGAGAAACCAAAGGCAACAGAUGAGCACAGAUGCUGACCUCCUGCAAGAGCUCCUGGACAGCAGCUCCAGGCCAGGCACUGUGCCCACCCUCUGUUCAGUUCUGAUUUUAUUGCCAUGAGGCUGUUUUGUUGAUUGGUCCAAGACUGAGUCUCUCUUUGGAGAACAGGCGAAAGCCAAAAGGAGUUCACUCAGAGCUGUUUUAAAGGCUUGGACUGUGUGUUGUGUAAUUAUACAGCAGCAGAGCAAGAGUCUCCUUCACAAUUAGUGUCCCUGAGCAACUGAGGGGCAGAUCUUACUCAGGGAUGUGGUAGCACCCAGGCCUUAUUUACUUCCCCAUGAACGAGCUGGUCAAGCUGACAUGACACAAGGCUGGUAACGCUGUGAUCUGAUGCCACAAACCACUACUUGCCCGAGGAGGAAAUCCUUGGAGUGUAACCAAACCCCACAGAUGGAGUAUGCGGCGUGUGGACUACUCUGCAGUGCAGUAUGGACCUCAUGGUGCUUGUGGGGUUUCAGCAGAUUUUCCUCAUUCAUGAGCUGCCUUGCAAAACUCGUGUUGGACAGGAGACCUGUUGGUGCCAUCACAGCCUCUCUGUGUGGGCAGACAUGUCUGGAUUGGACAUUCCAUAUGGUGGGAGGCUCCAAGUACUCCUUGCCCCAAGGAAAGGGGCCUCCAUGUCCCUAGACUAUUUUCUUGAAUGGUCAAAUGUAUUUCAACAAAUCUGGUACAAUGUGACUGCAGUAGGAACCCUAAUGUGAGGUGGACAAGCAUAGUGCUGCAGAUUGGAUCUUCAUCUGGUGUAAACCAGCAUCAAUCCAUUCAUGAGCAUAGAACAUCAGCUGCUUAUCUCCAUGAGGGAUUCAAAGCAUUACAUCCAGCUUCUGCAGGGGGACUAAAAGAAACAACCAGCAACCUAUGGCUGUACAAAUCUGAUUUUAGUUAAUCCAAUUUAUUCUUUGUGUUGCCUUCUGCAGGAAUUAUUCCAAGAGUCUGUACAGAGUCGUGUAUACAAUCUAUUACUUCAUGUGAUAAAUGUGGACAUGGCAGAGCCUGGAACACUGAUUUGUGUGCUGUGGAGCUGUUCUGGUUUUGCUGGGACAGAAUUCUAAAAUAAUUUUUCCAUUCAGAGAAACUGUAGUUUUGAGAAUGCAGACUCCAAUUCUGUCAGAACAAAAAAAGAAAGGUGCUCUGGUAUUCAGGGUUCCACAGUGACCAAGGUCAAGAGUAGUUCUGAAUCAUGCAGGUGCAGUGGGCUGGGAGGACUGAAGACCAGGACAGCUGACCCAAACUGGCCAACCCAAGUAUUCCAUACCAUAAAGGUCACCUGACUAUAGAUAGGGCAGUUUGCAAGGAUGUCCAAAAAUCCAUGGCUUCUAAUACAGCUGCCUUCCUGAGGUCUCCUCUCUCUCUGUGGGGCUGGCAGUGUUGGCAUUCAGCCUUCUCAGCUAGAAGCACACAGCUCAUGACUACACUCUGGAGCUAAGUAUAAGUUUGUAUCUUACAUUAGCAUUGAGGUUAAUAUUAGUUCAUUAU